CUCCAAAGCCUAUUUUUGUGACAUUUUCGUGACACUUGUUUAUCAGUUAGGUGGACAACUAAGCUAAAAUAUAUUGGCUAAAAAAAAAAAAAAUAAUAACCCUGUUACACAAUCGGCUUUUCAAUUCAGCUAGUUUGCUAUGAAGCAGGAGGCUGUGACACAGUAAGUGUAUCAUACAGUCAGUGUGAGUGAAUGACUCGUGUUCAUCAGCGGAUACUUGCCGCUCCUCGCCGGACUCGAGUUACGCGCUGCGUUUUUAGAAGCGUCAAGUGUUACGACAGCCGUCACAGCAGCAGCAGCAGCGCUGACAUUCACAUGCGCUGACCGAGACAGUUUUUACGCGCACUUCUGGGAUUUUUUGCCUAUUGAUUAUUCACAUUUACCUCUCGGUUCAAGACGGUUAUAAGAAGUACUGCCUGGAGCCGAAGGGAUAUUCAACAUGCUGGGGAGGAAGAAGAAACCAGAGACAGUUCAGACUGAAGCCAAAGCGUACGAGUCAAAAACCCACGACCCGCUUCGGAGGCUUGGUGUGCUGGACGAUGAAGAUGUGCGACUGAUGCUGCAGGGGUCAAAGAUGAUGAAGGUUCGAUCUCAGCGUUGGCGGAAGGACAGGAGCCUGAAGCUUCUGGAAGACUGUGUGACGGUGUGGUGUGAGUCCAGCAAAACCUCUCGCAAAGGCCAAAGACAGCAGACCUUCUCUGUGACGGAGGUUGAGUGCGUGCGGGAAGGCUGUCAGUCGGAGUGUCUGCGACGAAUGGAAGGUCUGGUUCCAGAGACCCACUGCUUCACUGUGGUCUUCCGCGGAGGAAGGAAAAGCCUGGACCUGUGCUGCUCCACGCAGGAAGAAGCGGAGCGUUGGGUUCGAGGCAUCCGCACGCUCAAAGACCGCGUCUCCAACAUGAGCCAGAAAGAAAAGCUGGACCAUUGGAUUCGAAGCUACCUGAGACGUGCGGAUCAGAACCAGGAUGGGAAGAUGAGCUACGACGAGGUGAAACAUCUGUUACAGCUGAUCAACAUUGACCUGAACGAACAGUAUGCACGCACCCUCUUUAAGAAGUGCGAUCGCUCGUGUGACGGGCGGCUGGAUCACGUGGAGAUUGAGGAGUUCUGUCGUGAGCUGAUGCGCAGGCCGGAGUUGGACGCGGUCUUCAGGCAUUAUUCCGGUAAUGGAUGUAUUCUCACAACCAUGGAGCUGCGGGAUUUUCUCGGGGAUCAGGGUGAAGAUGCGUCACUGGCCCAUGCGAAGACUCUCAUCCACACCUAUGAGCUCAACGACUGGGCCCGGAAGAAUCUGUUUAUGACCCAGAACGGUUUCACCAUGUACAUGCUCUCGAAAGAGAACGAUGUGUUUAACCCGGAUCACGCUCACGUGUAUCAAGACAUGAGCAGACCGCUGGCGCACUACUACAUCUCUUCCUCUCAUAACACGUACCUCACCAAAGACCAGGUGACCAGCGCCAGCAGCACAGAGCCUUAUAUCAGAGCUCUGCAUCAGGGCUGUCGCUGUGUUGAGCUGGACUGCUGGGACGGUGAUAAAGGAGAGCCCAUGAUCUACCACGGGCACACACUCACCUCCAAAGUGCUCUUUAAAGAAGUCAUUGAGACCAUCGCUCAGUACGCCUUCAAGACAUCUCCAUAUCCUCUGAUCUUGUCCCUGGAGAAUCACUGCUCAGUGGAGCAGCAGGCGGUCAUGGCACAGCACCUGCGCUCCAUUCUCGGAAAGAAGCUCUUGAGAAAGCCACUAAACGACAUGCCCCUCAAAGACCUGCCCUCACCUGAGGAGUUGAUGGGGCGAAUCCUGCUGAAGGGCAAGAAGUUAGGUGGUCUGCUGGGGAAGACUGACAGCUGGGCUAGCUUCUCAUACAGCUCAGAUGAAGAGUCUGCUGCUGGAGGGGGCGGGAGCAAAAAGGAAUCCAAAAAGGAUCCUGCAAGGUCUGCGAGCACUAAACUGAGCACAGAGCUGUCAGAUCUGGUGGUGUAUUGUCAGAGUGUGCCUUUCAGUGGUUUCGAGACGGCCAGUCAGGGACCUCCUAGCAUGAUGUCCUCCUUCUCUGAGAAUGAUGCGCUCAAACUCAUCAAAGACUCAGGGAAGCUGUUUGUUCGGCACAACAGUCGGCAGCUGAGCAGGGUUUACCCAUCAGGCCAGAGGUUACAGUCUUCCAACUACGACCCUCAGGACAUGUGGAAUGGGGGAUGCCAGAUGGUGGCUUUAAACUUCCAGACACCAGGUGAGCAGAUGGACCUGAACCAGGGCCGCUUUCUCCCCAACGGGCGUUGCGGAUAUGUGCUGAAACCUGACUUCCUGUGUCACCCAAAGUCCAACUUUGAUCCUGAGAACACAGGUGGAGGACCAGGACAUAUACCCACCCAGCUUACCAUACGGGUAAUCUCAGCCCAGCAACUUCCUAAAAUAAACACAGACAAUCCCAACUCCAUUGUGGAUCCACAGGUCUGGGUGGAGAUCCAUGGCGUUUCCAUCGAUAAGGCUCGUGCAAAAACUCAGCGCAUUGACAACAAUGGUUUCAACCCUCGCUGGGAUUGUACUGUGAGCUUUCAGCUGCAGGUGCCUGAACUGGCCUUGGUGCGCUUCAUGGUGGAAGAUCAUGACUACAAAUCCAAGAACGAUUUUAUUGGCCAAUUCACCCUCCCUUUCACCAGCCUACGAACAGGUUAUCGUCAUGUUCACCUGCUAAAAGCUGACGGCUCCAGUCUGUCUCCUGCCACCCUCUUCAUCCACGUCAAGGUGGUACGACGAGGAGUUCCUAUUAAAACUGUUUCUGAGCGGAAAGGCAAGGCCUGAGGCUUCUGUCAUGAUUCCUGGAAAUGUUUGUCUCUGGAAGUACCUUACUGAAGGAAAAGCCCCUGAGCAAGGCUCUCAAGGUGCUGCUGGGACUCCAGAAUGAGACCACCUGAAAAAGCAUGUGACAAUGGACAUGCAAGCACAAACACUGUGCACAACAGUCUGCAGAAAGUCAGUGUAGAUGCGUGAUUCAAAGUGCAUUUUGCUGUUUUAAUGUCCAUUUGUGGUGUUGUCUGCAGAGCAGAACGUCUAAUGUGUCAUAGAAGUGUUAUUGCGGAAGUUAUGAAAUCAGUAUUGUUAGAAGUUACAAGCCAGUGUUGACAUUAUAGAGGCUGUUUCCAUUGAAAUAUGGUCUCUUUGAGCCUUGAAAUCAAAAAAAAGGUAACACAUUUUGUGAAAAUUUAGAGCUUAAACUAGCCAUUACAUGCUGGACAAGAAUUGUAUGUACAGACAGAAAUUAGCUGUCUUUAAUAUUUUUUAAUGUUUAAAUCUUGUCUUUUGUUGGUGGUUUUGAUAUGCUGAAUACUGACAGCAAGGUAAAGAAAGUGUAGAAAAACAUUUAGAAGGAAGCAUAGCAAGUGUAUGGACUGUUUAGUAAGAAUCAUGACUAUUUUGAUGCAAGUUUUAAUUGAUUCAAACACAGACACCAGCUAUUCAGCAGUGUAUAGGUAAUAAGAAAAAAAGAGAAAAUAAUGAAAUGUAUUUAUAUAAUUAAUUUAAUAAAAUAAUUAUAUUAUAUAUAUUUUAUAAAAGCUACCGCUAAUGGUGAAAUCUGUGUUUAACAAUGCUUGAGACAGAAAAUUUAUCGUGAAAGCUAAAAGCAAGCUGUGAAAAUACUCAGUGUUGUUAGAUGUUCAAAUUUGGUCAAAUUACACAAUUUGGUCAGUGAGUCUUUGCUGAAGAUGCAGGCAACUAUAGCACUUGCCGUUAGAUACUCUGUUUCACAUCCAAGUUUGAUGAAUCAUAAAAACUUGUGGUUAUCGACAACUCAUAAAGUUCUGUUUUGUACUAGGCUAUGCUAAUUAAUUUAUCAUAAUAUUACAUUGUCAGCUGCUUCUGUUAAGACAUGUUUUAAAUGUAAAUUUUAAUUUUCAAAGUAGAAAACACAACAUGUCUUGAUCUUAAUGUCUUACUUGUUUAUACAGUACUGUAUGUGUAUGUUUGUGAAUACUAGCAUACGUUUUAGCAAGGAAACUCUGUUUUUAAGAUGUGUUGAAAUAGAUAAUCAGUAGUUAAAUAAAUUAUUAUAAACUAGUAUUUGUUUUUACAUUAUUAACAGCAGGCAUCAGUUGCAACGCCUCACCUCUUUACCACAGAUACUUAUUAGCUUUGUUUUCUUUAUGCUUGAGUAGUCUAUUUUUGAAAAUAUGUGAAUCAAUCUCCAUUGUGCAACUGUGCUUAAUAAUUGUUUGUAUUGAUAUUUGAAAAGAUGUAGUGCCUUUGAAAGCAUGCAUAUAUUUUAUAAAUCUAAA